AUGCUGUCUUUGGACUCGAGAACCCUGGAUCCUUGCGUGUCCCCAGAGGAGUGGUGGGAGUGCCUUUCUCAGGCGGAAGCUUUCCCGCUCGCAGGUUGGAUUGACCACCACGAAGUCAACUGCGUUGCAGGGCAGGGCGCAACACCGAUCCCGGGUGUGCCAGAGCCGUUUCACAGAGGCUUCCAUCCCCUGGACUGCCUGCGAGCCUGCGAGGAGAUCGCGGCCUGCCAGGCUGCUAUUCUUCUCGAGAGUUAUGACCCAAGCCCCUGCUAUUUGCGCACACAGGUUGACGUCAGCAAGUGCUUCGCAGCACCUGGCUACAGCCUUUGGGUGAAGCCGGGGGCCUUGACUACCAGCACCGUCCCCACAACCGCCCCCACCACCACCGCAAAGGCAACCAGCAAGCCGGUGACCAGCACAACCACCACAGCUGCCACAGCAGCAGCUCCAAAGACCACCAAGGCAACUGCAGCAACCGCGACCACCUCUGCAACCUCCACCAACACCACGGCCAUCCUAUCCCCUUUGCCCCCUUUGCCACGGCUGCCCCCCGCCACGGCGCAUGCGUGA